ACGAUUGAAACCGAAGCAACCUUUUUGACAAAGGAGGUUUCUCCUUGAAACUCACAACAUGACAUAAGCUAGUUCACUGUCAAACAUUAACACAAAAACACCUUCCAAAUUCAAAGUCUGGAAUUAAUUUCUCUAACGGGUCAAAGACUAACGAAUCGAAGAUGUGUAGCCCCUGUUGUGGACCUUGCUGUGGACCCUGUUGCAGUCCUUGCUGUGGCCCCUGCGGUCCCUGUGGUCCCUGCGGCCCCUGUGGACCCUGUUGUAAUGACUGCUGUGGACCGUGCUGUGGUCCGUCGUGCUGUGGACCCUGUUGUGGACCGUGUUGCAGCCCCUGCUGUGGACCAUGUUGUGGACCCUGCUCUAGCCCAUGCUGUGGACCCUGCUGCAGCCCUUGUUGCAGCCCCUGCUGUGGUCCAUCUUGUGGACCAUCUUGUGGUCCAUCUUGUGGUCCCUCUUGUGGUCCUUGCUGUGGUCCAUGCUGUGGGCCCUGUUGUGGUCCUUGCUGUGGACCCUGCUGUGGACCUAGCUGUGGGCCCUGUGGCAGCUCAUGCUAUGGCCCCUGCUGCAGCCCAUGCUGUGGUCCUUGUUGUGGCCCCUGCUGCGGCCCCAGCUGCGGCCCCUGCUGUGCACCUUGCUGUGGACCCUGCUGUGGUCCAUGCGGUUCCUGUCCGCCAAAGUGCAAGUGAGGAUCGCCAGCGAACAGGUGGCAAAGACACAAAUGACACCAUAAGUUCGCCAAAGUCCGUUAGAGAAUCAUCCUCCAAAUUAACUCUCCAGCAUAGUCAAUGAAAAUACAUAAAAAGUCAACCAAAAA